AGAACCGCGCUCAGACCGAAGUGCUCCAACAGAGAACCGCACCGAGGACGAGGUUCUCCGUUACCCGGUACAUCUGACGUCCUGAUGGGUUAACAGAACAGAACAGAACAGAACAGAACUAAAUAUAAACAAACAUUAAGCUCGACGUGGAAUGACAGCUUCUCUCCGGAGUGGACCUGUGGCACCGUCUCCUCGCCGGUUGUUUUGAUCCCUUCUGAUGUCCACCUGUUCCGGCCGGACUGACCUGCAGACAGCCUCACCACGGAGCCUCACAUAGACCAGUCUACCACUGAGAUGGCCCGCGCAGAGACCAUUGAGAGCGUUGGGGAAACUGGAGGAAGAGGAGGAAACGACCCUCUUCCUCGCCACAACACCUGCGGCAUGGAGCUGCCUCGCCCCUUCUACAACUGCCCCGGCCUGCUCACAACUACCUCCGGCGUCGCACACCACAGCCACCGUAACCACCACCACCUGCACCCUGUGCAGGCUCUCUAUCUGUCGUACCCGCUGCCUUACCCCCACCCGGAGGACCAGGACGAGACCCGGACCCACCGGAGGUCACCUGCGUUAUCGCCAUCGCCCACACCUCCUCGUUCGCCACUCUGCAAUCGGAGGGGUGGAGGCGAUGCAGCACCCAGUGCCUUCACAGGAGAGCAGUCAGAUUCGCACAGAGACGAGUGGCAGGACACCUCCAGCCGGCAGGGACCUCUGCCGGACCUGCUCCCCCAGAACGAGCUCCCCUCCUGGGCUUCCCCGCUUCGCAGAGCCCUUGGAGGAGAGGCCGCGCAGGAGGUGGAAGUCAGGAGAGUGGCCAACCAGCUGAGGGCCAUUGGAGAUGAGUUCAACAUCACAGUCCUGCACAGAGCGCACGCCGCCCCCACUGGCAGGACUGGAGGGACGCCUGCCGAGGACUCCUCAACUUCAUCACCCAGACUCUCAGCACUCUCUACAGGCUCACGUAGAGCGAGAGCCCACCUCGUCCGCAAAAUCACUGGACUGGUUGCUGCGCUCCUUGUACGUUUGUACCCCGGAGGAUUAACGCAGACUAAAAUCAAAAACAUUUUUUGUGGGACAAAGAAUUUGGGGAGAACCCCGAGGUGUCGGCUGGAUCAAGGCGCUACCUGUGGAAACUGGACCUUGUCUGUCUGUCCGUCAGUCAGUCAGUCUGCUGGUACGGACUGCAACUGUUGGACCGACGGUCACUUACCUACCUGUAUAUUUUGUAAAAGCCACCUGCUUUAGCUGUCUUUGUCUCGGUUCUCACCUCCUCUGUAAGGGUGUGUGUGUGUGUGUGUGUGUGUGUGUGUGUGUGUGUGUGUGUUGUGUGUCUGUGUGUGUGCAUGGCAGACGUGGGUCAAACAAAUAAGUUGUGUUUACUGGGAUUUCAGUGCAAAAUGGGAAAAUAGAGAUAUUUGAAAAUUUCUACAACACAGAUGAGUCUGUUUUAAAAUGACCUGUUUUUGCAAGUCUUCAUUAUCUAGGGGAGCUUUUUCGUUCAGCUGUUAUAUCAGCCACAAUUCUUCUGGAGAAAGUGUCUCCUUAAUUUGAUUUUAAAUCAUCAAUAUCUCUGAUUCUUCAUUUUGAUUAAAACAUAACUUGAUUUGACCUUCGUCUGACGUGCGAUUGUCGUUGUCUCUGUCUUACAAACUGUGAAACUGGACGCUGUGUUUGCAUCGCAGGGGAAAAAAGUAGGGUUUUAUAUCCCACAGGGUGAACCUCUCUCCCAAUCCCAGACGGCUUCAUUCAAUCAUACGACGUGCCUUUCCACUCAGCGCUCUGUUGAGGCCCUAAAUCUCCAAAACUAGGACAGUCGCACACAUUCAAAGAAACACACACACACACACACACACACACACACACACACACACACACACACACACACACACACACACACACACACACACACACACACACAGCCACUUCAAAUGCUUUGUUUGCAGGUUCCAUUUGCAUUAAAUUCAAAUGCUCCGGCUCAGCAUGGUUUGAGGUCAUUUGAGGACAGACGUGUGAUUUGGCCCCUGUACAUUCCUCCGUUCACCACUGCCAGUGUUGGAGCUGGCAGGGUCUGGCCCCGCCCACGUCGACAGUGUUUAAUAGUUACUUGAUGGUUUGUAAAUAUCCUUUUAGGGGAUGAAUCUUAAAUAAAACAGACUUUAAAAGAGUACUUAUGAAAGCGAGCGUGUUCACCGUGUUCGGGAGAUCUUUUUUUCUGAGCGGCCAUCGGCAACAGAGUUUGAAUUUAAAUCCAGUGGAUUUGAAAUGGUAUUCCAUGAGUUAAAUGAAAAAAAAAUAUAGAAUCUGGAUCUUUUGAUUGUUAAAGAAGUAUUUGAUGAUGUUUUUGUAAAAUGCCCCCCUCCCCCUGCGGUUGUGCUAUAAAUUUCACUGUAGUUUGGGAGAAAAUGUUGAAUUGCUCAUAUUAAGAGCAUAAUUUAUUUUGGACUGUAGCCCAUCUGUAGCUUGUCUUUUUCUCUGGUUUUAAUUUUUUUGAUGUUAUGUAUUUUUUUUUCUUACAUUCCUGAUCAAAACUAUGAAUUAAGUUGUUCUUGAGUUGUAACUGUUAAAACAGAGAUUAAAUCAUAUGGGAGCUAAAGCAUUGCACUACACAAUGAAAAUGGAUACAUCCCUUUGAAAAGCAAAGGACAUUUUUUUUAAAUGAUAUCCGCUUUAGAAUUUGGUACCUCUUUGUCCUCUUCUAGCAAUAAAAAAAAAUGGCCCAAUCAUUUUAAAACGGUACUAUGUUUAAGGCAACCAAAGUGAUGCAUUUGCUGUCCAAGCGUGUGUCAGAUGAGAUGGAAAAGUACCAAAAUUCUCCCUAUAUACUCUUGAAAGCACAAAGAAGACAAAAUUGGACUUUUAGCAAUACUGACUAAACUGAAAACCCGUCACUGAAAAUGGAAUUAUUUCUGAUGUGAAUUUAAAUCCCAAACUGUGUGCUUCACCUACUAAAACUACUGGUUUAUGUGCUGUAACGUACUCUGGAUCAAAGCGCCCACUUCAUUUUUUUAUAUCAGGAAACCUUUGACUGAAACGUGGACCCUUUUUGACGUUAAAAAGCCUCAAAAUAAGGGAAGUGAUUGGCUGUGGCGGUUGACUUGGCCACUCCCACUUGGCCUUAGCUACACAGUUUUGUUGUUUGUAGCACAGACCCUUGUUUUUAACAUUUCUGAAAGCCUUGAUGUAUAAAGUCAUACCUGCAGAUGCUCGGCUAACAUGACGCUGAGCGGAGAACGAACGACGCUAGCUACAGUAGACGCUUGUUUACUGCUUGUGUACUCGUGUUUUUAGAUCAGUUCGCUAGCGGUGCUUUUGGCCGUGUUCGUUGUAAUCACAUAGUAACGUUAAGUGGUCCUGGUUCAGGCCCCCCCCAUCCCCCAUUCUACCAACAACGCUCAGUGUCAGUCACGUGCAGUGUGUAUUUGCUGUUUUUCAACUUUUUUCUAUUGUAAACUUUCUACAUGAAUUUUGUACUUUUUUUUCUUCUUUUUUAUACAAUAAAGA